AUGGCGAAGGAGCUCACGGAGCUCGUGGACACGCUCAUCAGCGUCAUCACCAGCGACGGGCGGAACAUCGUCGGCGUGCUGCGAGGGUUCGAUCAGACGACGAACCUCAUCCUGGACGAGUGCUUCGAGCGCGUGUACAGCGCGAGCUCGGGCGUGGAGGAGGCGCCGCUCGGGCUGUACAUCAUCCGCGGCGAUAACAUCGCCGUCAUCGGCGAGAUAGACGACGAGAUGGACGCGAACUUAGACUACUCGCAGAUUAAAGCGCCGCCGUUGAAAUCGAUCGCGCAUUAG